CUUAAAAGAUCGUGAAGAAUUUACAAAAUUACGAGUUUAUAUCAAACUUAAACUUAAAUAUGAUCAUAGUCUGAUUUCAGAGCACAACAAAGGGAAAAAAGCUUCUAUACAACGAUCAAAUGGAGAAAAGACAAUACAAGAUAUUAUCCUUCAAGAUUUGACUUGCCCGUAUACUUCAAAGAUUACUGGCGACUUUUUUGUAUUAUCCUCUAAUUCCAUCAAGAAGAAACCAUGCUUUAUUUCGGAACUUAAACCACUCGGACUUUUUCAUCCUGAAGUUUAUUUCCGUAUACUGCGAGGUCAACUCUUCAUAAAACUAUCUGAACCGGAGAACACGCUUAAAGAUUUGAUUAAGGUGAUCAAACUUGAAUCAAAUAACUUGAAA